GUAGUACCUAUAUAGGCAAAUAAUUAUUACAAUAUGGUGUUGGCUAAGACUUGGAUGCUAGAUAAGAUGCCUAAUGGUGUGCCAUACGAGGAAAAUUUUAAGCUUGUCACAGAGGAGCUUCCUUCUCCCAACGAUGGAGAAUUGAUUGUUCAAGCCGAGUGGCUGAGCGUGGAUCCAUACAUGCUUAUCCCUGGGAGGCAAGUUGCCAGAGUAAUUGAGAGCAAGAAUUUGGAAUACCCAGUAGGCAGCCGUGUGCUAGGAGACUUUGGCUGGCGGUCACACACGCUCCUGCCUCUUAAGAAAGCUGAUGGCACCACCGCUGAUGACGUCUACAAUUUUGCGCAUCUGUUGCCCGAGAUUGAAGGACUUCCACACUCAACUGCCCUUGGAGUGUUGGGGAGGCCAGGAAACUCCGCAUAUUUCGGCUUCUUGGAGAUCUGCAAACCCCAGCCCGGCGACGUUGUGGUCGUGAACGCUGCUGCAGGAGUCGUCGGCAGCGCUGUAUGUCAAAUAGCAAAGUUGAAAGGCUGCAAGAAUGUUUCCUUCUGCCAGGUUGGAGGAGAGUUCUCGUCAAAAGUGAUCCCUUUGAUGGCAAGCAUGGGCCGCGUGUCACUGUGCGGUGCAAUAUCCACGUACAACGACCACACCAGACACAUUGGGGUCUCAACCAUGUGCAGUGAGACACGAUUGAGAUGAGCGGUUGAAUAUUUGUUCCUAUUCCCAUGUAAUGUUUCAAAAUUGUCUUCAUUUCCCGACGAAGUUGAUGAGUUGCUUUGAAGAAGAUGAUUUGCACAUCAGAUUUCAUCUGACUGACAGUUUUAGGUAAGACUUUUGAAAUUUUGCGAGCCCUUCAACCGCCAAGGAAAAUGCACGAGUUUUAAAUUGAUACACAUCAGUCUAACGUGGGUAUCUAACAAAUAAGGACAAUACACUUCCGAUGUAAGAGGAGGUUAAUUUCGA